GGUUUAACCUUUUCUCCUCAUGCCCCUGGAUUGUCUGUUGACAGGAAUUUUCAACCAUCUGCUUUUAGAGCACUAUCAUGGAAAUUGAAGUUGAAUGAUAGACGUUUUUGUUUCACCUCCUACCUGUGUUUCAUAUAAUUUAAACGCAUAUUAUGGAUUUUGACAGUGACAUAAAUGCUGCACAACAGGUCCUCCUACGAUCGGCUUACGUUUCGAAAAAACUUACAGAGGAUGAAAAACUUCAAACGUUGUGUGAGCAAAUGACAGCUGUUCUCAACGGUGCCAAGGAUUACAAUCAGCAAAACAUAUUCUUAUUCAUCCUACUGAACAGUGAUGCAGAUUAUGUUGAUAUUGUGGCUGAAGAUGAAAAUUUCUCUCAUUUAAUUGAUACAAUACCGCGUCUCAGUCACGCACUGAUCUUAAGAGUCAUCCUUGGAUCAGGAGGUUUACUUUUCUUACAAGAUUUGGUGGCAUUUGCUCCUCCUACUAUAUCACUCACUGUGAUGGAAACCUUACAUACUUUAACUGAUUUAAAACAGAAACCUCAAUUUGCAAUUACUGAAUUAGCAAAUGCUUGUUUUCACAAGCUCUUUCUCUGUAAUGGUGAAAACAUGGAAACAGUCCAUAAAUUUCUUACAUUUUUUAAACUCUGCCAAUCAGAGAACUUUGAAUGGAUGAGACUUAUCAAUGAAGUUGAGUGGAAAGCACGUCGAGUUAUUCACAAUCUGAGAAUUUGCGUUUUUUGUAUGAAGGAGAAUUAUGAAAAGCAAUGUGACACUUGGAAUGGUUUUAUGAUUAAGAGCAGUAAAGAUGAAAUGAAUAACUGUUCUAUUAAUGGCCCAAAACUUCAGUCAGUCGAAGAAGUGAUCACGGAGUGCAGAAACAUUGUGAUCGAACAGUGUGUGGGAGUAUUACAAGAACUGACAAUUGAUGAUUGGCUGGAGAUGGCAGAGUUUGAGUUAGAUUGCUAUCAGGACAAAAUAAGAAACCUAGCUUAUGAAGCUAAAGAAUUUCUUGAGCAUUUUGAAGAUCAUAAGAAUUUAGUCGACUUUACUCCUCUGUUUGAAGUUUUAGAGCCUUUUGCUGUUAAACCCCACAGAGAAGAGGAAAAGGAAAGCAGUCCUGAUAUUCAAAAAGUCAGAUUAAUGCUCUCUAAUAAUGCAACCAAAAGUCAGAAGUGGAUGAAAGAAUUUCUUAAUUUUAGUUGUGUUUUGGAAGAUAGUGAUAAUUUCAUAAUAAUUGAAAAUAAUUGUGGACUCUUAGAUUGUCAAGAUGUAGAACAUUUGUUAGAAAAAAUUAUUUCUUAUAUUGGCAGUGAAAAUGUGAAUGAAGAUGUAAAGGAAAGACUAAAGUGUUUACACUACAAAGUAGUGAAAGUUCUUCCUCCAGAAAAACUUGCACAAGUUCAUAAAAACUUCAUGGAGAAGUAUGGAUUGUCAACGAUACUGCGUUGUACAGAUUUUACUGCACUCCUUAGAUCAGCAUUCAACAGGACAACUUUUAAAGACCAAGAAAGUGUAAAUGAGUGGCAAUGUGAAUUCAUUGCACUAUCCAUGAUGGAUUUUGGUGAAUUUUUAAGAGAGGCACUGCUUAUGGCUCUAGAAAAUACGGAUUUGACACAUCACUUGUCAAGAGUGUUCAAUCUCAUGCGUCCCAUGUCAGAAAAAAUGACUCCGGACCUAAUAUUUGAGAUGUCUCAAAAAUUGACCUACAAGCCAAACAAACUGGAUAAUUUUCCAGUUCUUGUUCAACAGCUUGUCGAACAUAAGGUGUUAUGUGGAGAAGUGUUUUUUAAGAAGUAUGUGACAUCUGCUAUCAAUGAGGCAAUUGAUUCAAACAAUUGGUCGUCUGUCUAUAUGUGGAUUACCACUAUAGAUCUGCUUGUACCGUUCUUUUAUUCACCUGGUGGAAGCUGUACUAAUGUGGUAAUCCUCAUUUUGUACUUACUUCAAGUGAUGGAGUUCAGCCAACAACAAAUUGAUAUAUUUUCAAAGAAGUGUAUUCAGACCCGUGAGAAAACUAUAAGUAUCCUUGAGCAACUGAAAACCUUUGAUUUAAAUGAAGCAGAAUCUAGUUGGCUAAAAUCAUAUGGUUUUGAAUAUUCUAUGUUAACCAAGUGCUAUUUAGAACAAUGGUGUUCUACUGAAGCCACAGACAGCAGCUUUGCUGCUACUUAUGAACUUUGUUUUAACUCACACGUGAAAACAACAGAAACUGCAGCAUUUAUUCUGUUUGAGAUGUUACCUUCACUGUGUGCUCAUGAAUGGAAGGGCAUUGCUUCUGUUUUAAAACAGCACUUUACUUACCAUGAUGAUCCUGCCUACUCUAUAUUUCAGUCAUUUAGUCAAGCUAUAUUCCUUCUCUUGUCUGCUUGUUCUAAAAUUGAUUAUGAAGUGUGCCCAAACUACCUAUUGUGUUUGAAUUACUCAGUUAGCUGCUUUGCAGUUAUUUUAAAGCUAAAAGUAUUACCAGAACUAAAAACACCUAACUAUGUCAAGGUUCUUGAAGAAAGUUUACAUCUCCUAAGCCAAUUUCCAGCAGAAGUGUGGAGUAGAGGGGGAAUGGAUAUAUUACCAGACGUAAUGAGCCUCAUAGGACAAAUCCCUCUUGAGUUGGAAAAUUUUAAUCAAUUAUCCUCAAUUGUAUCCAAAGCUCCACUCAAUGAGGGAAGUACUCUCCUGAAGAACCGAUUGAAGACUGUGUUUGAAGGGAUCGUUGGGGAAAAUGGCGAAAAGGAAACGACUGGAUGACCAUUUUCCCAAUUUAAUGACUAGGCAAGUUUACUCCAUUCUUUAAGAUUAGAAUAAAUUUGAAUGUAUUUUCCAAUUUCUGAUGAAUUUCAUGUACAACUGUAACUGCAUCAUAUAAAAUAUGAACUUUGUGGAAGGAAUAAAACUAAUCGCCAUGCACUACAA